GGGGGGGGAGGGAACGGCCCACCAUUAGAACUGGGGGGCAAAAAAAAAACCCUUGUUUUUCGCUGGCUUACUCGUGUUCCUUUGUCGGCUUACUUCGCCGGGAAUCUGAAGUAUCCAUUGGCCGGAUACUUUUAUUCCUCCUUACCUGAUACCCUUCUUCUUCUUUGUGCGCUCCCAUUUUGAAGCUCACAGCUCCUUGGUAGAGAGGAGAUAUGUAUGUAGUGCCUCCGCCUGAGCGAUCCGAUUCUGGAACCAAAAGUGAUCUAAGGGUUUAUCAAUCUUGGAAAGGCAGUAAUAUAUUCUUUCUACAGGGAAGAUUUGUAUUUGGACCAGACGUUAGAUCAUUGGCGCUGACAAUAUGCCUCAUUGCCAUCCCCGUUACAUUUUUCUGCAUCUUUGUCGCCAGGAACCUUAUGGAUGACUUCUCUGAUUACUGGGGAGUAUCUAUCCUAGCUGUCGCCGUCGUCUUCACCAUUUAUGAUAUAAUUCUUCUGCUGCUUACAUCCGGAAGAGACCCAGGAAUCAUCCCGAGAAAUCUUCAUCCUCCAGAGCCUGAACCCCUUGAUACCAACAACAUGGAUGCAGGAGCUGGCCAGACUCCUCAGCUCCGGCUUCCUCGGAUUAAGGAAGUUGAGCUUAAUGGGAUUACGUUUAAGGUCAAGUACUGUGACACUUGCAUGCUCUAUAGGCCGCCUCGCUGUUCUCAUUGCUCUAUCUGCAACAACUGCGUUGAGAAGUUUGACCAUCAUUGCCCUUGGGUUGGCCAAUGUAUAGGGCUGAGGAACUACAGAUUCUUCUUCAUGUUUGUCUUCUCCACGACACUUCUCUGUAUAUACGUGUUUGCCUUCUGCUGGGUUUACAUAAGGAAGAUCACUGAAUCAGAGCAUACAACCAUCUGGAAGGCAAUGCUGAAAACUCCUGCCUCCAUUGUUCUGAUAAUCUACACAUUCAUAGCCAUGUGGUUUGUUGCUGGCUUAACAGCUUUCCAUCUUUAUCUCAUCAGCACAAACCAGACUACAUAUGAGAAUUUUCGAUACAGAUAUGAUCGGAGAAGCAACCCACAUAACAAGGGAGUGGUUGAUAACUUCAAAGAAACAUUUUGUUCAGCAAUCCCUCCUUCGAAGAACGACUUUAGAGCUAUGGUACAUGGUGAAGAACCUCCGUUGCCUCCUAGAUCUGUGGCAGGUGGGUUUAUGAGUCCAAACAUGGGUAAAGCCAACAAUGAUGACAUUGAAAUGGGGAGGAAAGCUGUUUGGGCAGACAUGGGUUCAGAAGAACAUGGCGACGCCAAAAAUGGUAACGAUGAACGGUUACAUGUUAGGGACAGGGACGGUGAGUUAGGUGAGCUGUCUCCGGACGUUAGGACAACAGUUGAUGAACAGAGUGAUAGGCAUGGUGUGAGGCGGUCAAGCUGGGGAAGGAAAAGCGGAAGCUGGGAUAUGUCGCCAGAAGUUAUGGCCUUAGCAGCCAGAGUAGUGGAACAACAGAACCAGAACGGUGGAGGAAGCAGCAGUGGAAGCGGUCUAGCGGCUGAGAACCGGCCUACCUAGUCAGAGAUACACACGGUUUAGUACGGAAGAGAGACAGAACAGAGAUGAAGUUCAGUGAUGGUGAAUGCAGGGUUUAGAGGAAAUGCUUUUUGUGAUGGAUGUGCAAAGUGUUUGUGUUGGGUUUGUUGUAUUAAGCAAAAGGUUGAAUUGGUGUGUUGUUUUACUAGUUUUUAUGAGUGAGCUUUAUUCUGGAUUUUUCAGACAGUUAUUUUUUAGUUGUGUUCAUACAUUUAUGGUUUAACCA